AUCGAAAAAAAUAGUAGAAGCGUACACACACACACGAACACACACACACACUGACACACACAUAGAGAGAUUGAAAGCUUGCAACAUGGUGCGUUCUUUCUUUCGCAGCGAGAACAUGCUGCUCUGCCAGCUGCUGCUGCACAUAGACAAUGCGUUCGACUGUCUGAUUGAGCUGGGACACCAUGGCGGACUGCAGUUCAACAAUGUGUAUGAGGAGGAUCAUCUGGUGAAUGGCUACUAUACGCGCAAGGUGCAGCAGUGCCAGGAUCUGCUGCGCAUUGUGACGUAUUUGCGUGAGCAGCUGCAGCAGCUGAACAUAAAGGAGAUUUACUAUCCGGAUGUGGAUAAGGAGAAUCGACCAAGCGAGGCGGACAUACAAAGGUAUGAGACGGUGCUGAAGCAGCUGCAGGUGGAGACGCAUGCGAUCAUGGAGCACUUUCAAACGCUGGAGCGGCGCAAAUAUUAUGUAAUUGAGAAAAGCUUUGCGCUAAUGCAGGCGCACAAGCUGCUGGCGCAGGAUGCAACCAAAUCCGGCGAUAUGUAUACGGAGAGCAUAAUGCUGGAGCUGCUGAAGGAUCAGUCCGAGUCGCCGGCGAACGCAUCGCAGCUGAACUAUAUGGUGGGCAGCAUUGAGGUAAGCAAGUUGGCGGCGUUUGAGCUGCUCGCCUAUCGCCUGUUCGGACGCAAUUUGCUGCUGCAGUUUGUGCCCAUGCCGGAGCCGAUAAUGGAGCGCGUGGGCAACAAGCAAAUGGAGGUGCACAAGCAUGUGAUCUUUAUGAUUACAGGCGCAGCGCAAAUACGUCCCAAGCUGCUGAAAUGCUGUCAUGCGUUUCAUGUGAAUGUGUUUGAGUGUCCGGAGCUGCCGCGUGAGCGUCUCGAAAUGAUUGAGCAGCUGGAGCAGGAGCUUAAAGAUUUGGACAAAGUGCUGGACGCCACACGCUCGGCACGCAAGCGCGCACUACGUGCCGCCGCCACAGACGUCUUCAUAAUGAGCGUUAAUCUGCAUAAAGCGUUGCAGGUGUACGACUUGAUGAAUCGCUUGAAUCCUGUGGGCGGACGCGAGCAUGAGCAUUAUUUGCAGGCCGAAUGCUUUGUGCCCGAGCAGGAGCUGCCGCUGGUGCGUGCUGCACUGCAUCGUGGCCUGCGUUUGAGCGAACAGGACUCGGAGCGUCAAACGACGCCGCCCAUACUGCUGCCCAACAAUCGCAAGACGCAAAUAAUGCCGCCCACUUACUUUCGCUUGAACAAGUUCACGCAGGGAUUUCAGAAUCUCAUCGAUAGCUACGGCAUGGCGGACUACAAGGAGCUGAAUCCAGCGCCUUACACUAUUAUAACGUUUCCCUUUCUGUUUGCCAUAAUGUUUGGCGAUCUGGUGCAUGGCCUUUUGCUUUGUCUAUUCGCCGGACUGCUCAUAUACAAGGAGCGACAGAUUGAGCGACAACGCAAACUCUCGGCCAGCGAGAAUGAAAUUCUCAACAUUCUCUUUGCCGGACGUUACAUCAUACUGCUCAUGGGCAUCUUUUCCAUGUACGUGGGCAUCAUCUACAAUGAUGUGGCCUCCAAGGCUAUGAACAUCUUUGGCAGCAGCUGGAGCUGCGUCUACAACGCGUCGACCAUUAGAAAUAUGCGCGCGCCGCUCUCAUUCAAUCCGAAUGAUGCCAAAUUCUAUUCGGGCGAUCCCUAUGCGCUGGGCGUGGAUCCGGUGUGGAAGCUUAGCGGCGAGGACUCCAUUACCACCUUCAAUUCGCUCAAAAUGAAGUUGGCCAUUAUUUUUGGUGUCAGCCAAAUGAUCUUUGGCCUGGUGCUGGCCGCUGUCGAUUGCGUGCUGCUCAAUCGUUUGCCGGAUCUUUUCUUGGUUGUCAUACCGCAGUUUAUUUUUAUGAUUUGCAUUUUUGGCUAUUUGGUAUUUUUGGUAUUCUUCAAGUGGCUUACCUACGGCGGACUCAAGCCCAUGCCACGCAGUUCGAACUGCGCGCCCUCGGUGCUCAUAACUUUCAUAGACAUGAUGCUAAUGAAGACCAGCGUGCUGGAGAAUCCCGAGUGCCUCAAGGGCAUGUUUCCCCACGAGCGUACGGUGGAGUUUGCGCUGUUUGGCAUUGGCUUUGCCGCCGUCCCUGUGCUGCUGUGUGGCAAGCCCAUUUACUUGAUGCGCAAGCGCAAGAGGCUGCGACGCGAGCAGCAGCAGCAGCGCGACUUGAGCGGUCUGCGCAAGAGCGGACGCAAUACGCUGGACGAGAUGCGCUCCGCCUACAAUGUGGACUCGCAGACAAGCAGAAAUUCACAGCCCGCCAAGCUGGAGCCGCGCCAGAGCGCUGGCCAUGAUGAUGCCGAGUUCGACAUGUCCGAGAUCUGGAUACACUCGGGAAUUCACACCAUUGAGUGUGUGCUCGGCUCGGUCUCGCACACCGCCUCCUAUUUGCGUCUCUGGGCUCUGUCCUUGGCCCACAGCCAGCUGGCGGACGUGCUCUGGGACAUGGUGCUGCAGCGCGGCUUGAAGAAUAAGGGCGCCAUUUAUAUAGCGCUGCCCAUGCUGCUGGCCACGUUCUUUGUCUGGGCUGUGCUGACGGUGGCCAUUCUGGUGAUGAUGGAGGGUCUGUCGGCGUUUUUGCAUACGCUGCGCUUGCACUGGGUGGAGUUCCAGUCCAAGUUCUUUAAUGGUGCCGGAGUGCCCUUUAUGCCGUUUUACUUUCCGCCUUCAACCAUUCGGAGUUAACUGCUGCUAUGUUUAUAUAUAUCGUUCAUUAUUGAACUUAACCAGGAAGUGUUUAUACACGUUAAAAAAAUUGCACUCAAUGUAAAACAAAAAAAAACGGCAGAUAUUCAUUUUUGCUAAAUAGCAAGCAUAGCAUAUAUCGAUACUUUCGAUUACAUAUAUUUGUAUGUAAUAAAUAAGU